AUGGCGGACCUCGUCGGCCCCGCCCUGCUCGAGCCCGAGGGCGAGGAGGCGUCCCAGCUGGUGGAGCAGCUUCAGGGAGGCGAUGGCGCUGCUGAUUUGCUGCACACCAUCGCCACCGAGCUGUUUCUGCAUGGCUGCGAGGCCGACGCGGCAGCCGCGGCGGCGCUGCUCGAGAGGCUGCUCCAAGACCUGCCGCCCGAGCAAGGCCGUGUGCUGCGCCGCCAGCUGCUGACGACAGCCAGCUCGCAAUUUGAAGCAGGCAUGGGCAGCCGGCCCGCCAUCUGCGCCCUGCUGUGCGAGCUGUACCUUUCGGAUGCCAUCCCCGAGACGGUGGUGCACGACUGCCUUUGCGCCCUGCUGUGGAACAUCCAGGACCCGCACCCAGGCGACAUUGAGUGCGCCUGCACCAUCCUGCAGAGUGUGGGGCCCCUGCUGGAUGCCAGCAGCUUGGAUGCUGCUGACGAGCUCAUGGCUGAGCUGUUUGACCGCCUGCAGCAGCUGGCGGCUGCCAGGGUGCUGCCCGCCGACCAGCAGCAGCUGGUGCGCUCUGUGCUGCGCCAGCGAGCCGCGGGCUGGCCCGACGCCGAGGCGCCGGAGCAGGCGGCGGGCAUGGUGCUGCUGCAGGUGGGCGCUGCUGGGGCCGGCGGCGAGGGCGAGGAGGAGGAGGACUGGAGGGCGGUGCUGGACAGCAAGGCGCCCGCCAGCGCCGAGGUUCAGGACAGCGCCAAUGCCAGCCCUGCGAGGGAGGGGCCAGCAAAGAUGGAGGGUGGUGUCCCCGGCGGCGCCGCCGACCAGGCGCAGCAGGCGGAUGUGGCGCAGCAGAAGCAGCAGGCGGUGCAGCAGCUGGUGGCGGCUGCGCCCGCCGCCGCUGCCUGGGAUGUGCCGGCUCUGGUGCAGCAGGUGCGCGAGCAGGGGGUGCUUGACCUGGCUGCAGCCGAGGACGCCGAGCAGCUGCUGGCGGCUCUGCUGGACCACGCCGCCGCGUCGGCGGUGGCAGCCGGCGCCGGUGCCGAGGGCAGCCAGCUACUGGGCGAGCUGUCGGCGGCGGUGGAUGGGUGCGCGGCCCUGGUUGCUGAGCUGGCGGCGCGGUGGCCCGCCGCGGGAGUGGCGGCGGUGGCCCACCUGGUGGCCGCCGUCAAGCACCGCUCCGAGGCCCGCAGCCCGGCAGCACGCCACCUGCUGGGGCAGCAGAUGCUGGUUGCGGGGACGCUAGCGCGGCGGGGGGCGCUGCCGGAGCACCAGCUGCACGCCAUGCUGGAGCAGCUGUCGCGCCAGGUGAUGAAGCCCAGCGCCAGCGAUGUGGUGUGCCUUGUGGCGCUGCUGCGGGGCGCCGGCGCCAUGACCGAGACCAAGAAGGGGCAGUGGUGGAAGGCGGCCGGCCAGCUGGGCACCAGCCCCAACGUCAGCGCCGACCAGCAUCGCGAGCUGCAGCACCUGCUGCUGCUGCGGGAGCACAAGUGGGAAGUGGCGGUGGCAGCCGUGGCAGCACAGGAGCUGGAGGCCAGGAAGAAAGCAGAGGCGGCCGCCGCCGCGCUGGCAGAGGCCAGCCGCCAGCGGCAGGCGCAGGAGGAUGUGGCGGCGCGGGCGGCGGCCGAGGCGGGCCAGGCAGAGGAGCGGGUGAAGGCUGCCACCGCCAGGCUAGCAGAGCUGGAGAAGCAGGCGGCGGCGGCUGAGGCGGCGGCGGCGGCGGCGAAGCAGGCGCAGCGCGCGGCGGAGGCCGCGGCAGAGACGGCAGCCAAGCGGCGCGCCGAGGAGGACCGUGCCGCCAGCGCGGCCCGCCGACAGGCGCAGGACGCGCAGGCGGCGGCGCAGCGUGCCAGGCAGGACGCCAGCGAGGCGGCGGCGGCGGCCGCGGGUCCGUCUGCGGGCACAUCUGCGGCCGGCGGCGGCGGGGAGGAGCCGGGCAGGCACUGGUACUACUCUCCAAGCGACGGUACCGGCCCCUUCGGGCCCGCCACCGCCGCCGAGCUGGUGGCGGCGCUGUAUCAGGACCCCACACUGGCUGGGGAGCUGCAGGCAGGUGGCGGCAAGCUGGGCCCAGGCCGGGAUGGGUGGCGCAUGUGUGGCGGUGCACGCGUGGUCAUCCGCUCUGGCGAGCAGGUGUGGGCGCUGAUGGAGCGCAAGCUGCACGAGGUGCUGGCCGACCUGCCCCGCAUGCAGCACCUGCAGAGCGCGGCAGCGGCGGGCGGCGGGGCCGGCGGGCGUGGGGGCCGUGGCGGGCGUGGCGGCCGUGGCGCGGCGGCCGGCGGCAGGGGCGGGCGCGGCGGGCGGGGGCCUGGCGGGGCCGGCCGCGCCUACGGCGGGCCGCCGUCCACCGAGUUCCCAGAAGAGUACUCACCUGCCCCAGCAGCAGCUGGGCGUGGCAGGGGUCCCGGCGCCAGGGGGCGGGGCCGCGAGCAGGCCUACAGCCAGCAGGCCUAUGGCCAGUCGCCCCCGCGGCAGCAGCACCAGGCGCAGGCGCAGGCGCCGGCGCCGGCGCGCAGGGCGCCCGCGUCGGCGCCGGCGCCGCCACCGCAGCAGCAGGCGCAGCAGCGCGCGGCCUCGCCGCCACGGUACGGCCUGGAAGACAUGCUGCCUCAUGUGUUUGUGGAGGAGCAGUCGCCUCGGCGGGCUGCCGCUGGCGCCGGUGGCGGCUACAACCCGCUGGCCCAGCCCCAGCAGCAGGCCCAGCAGGCCCAGCAGGCGCAGCCGCAGCAGCGUGCCACCGGCCUCUGCCCCUCCUGCUACACGCGUGAAGCGGCCCACAUGUGGCUGCCGUGUGGCCACCCCGGCCACUGCGCAGAGUGCAUGCCAGACUUUCUAUCCCCGGAGGAGAAGCUCGCAAAUGUGCCGUCAUGCCUGGUGUGCAACCAUAAGGCGACACACUACCUGCGCGUGUUCGAGUGA